AUUUGCUCUCUCUCAAGUGUCUCCACAUUGCAACUUCUGAUUACAUUUGGAAUUGUCCGAGCAGUAGCAUGAACCGCGGCAAUCCCCCAGUAAAAGACUUCUUUGCGUCUCCAGCUCUCUCCCUCUCCCUUGCAGGUGUCUUCAGGAACAAUGCAUUGGAAGCCGCUGAGGUGGAGGAUGGAGAGGAAGGAAGUGGUGGUGGAGGGCACUGUGGAGAGCAGGCAGGGAUCAGCGGCGAGAACUCUGGGCCAGCAGAUCGGUCUGAUGAAGAGCAGGAGUCAAAUGAAUCUCUUGACACUGACAGGGAGGCUGGGAACAAGCUGAAGAGGAAGAAGUACCACAGGCACACUACUGAACAGAUAAGAGAAAUGGAAGUCUUGUUCAAGGACUCACCUCAUCCAGAUGAAAAGCAGAGGCAGCAGUUGAGCAAGCAGCUAGGGCUUUCAACUAGGCAAGUCAAGUUCUGGUUCCAAAAUCGACGAACCCAGAUCAAGGCAGUGCAGGAGAGGCAUGAGAAUUCACUACUUAAGUCUGAGAUAGAGAAAUUACAAGAGGAGAACCGGGCAAUGAGGGAGACAAUCAAGAAGUCUUGCUGUCCCCACUGUGGUUUUACGACCAUAAGCAAGGAUAAUAUCAUGGCAACAGAGGAGCAACAACUUCGCAUUGAAAAUGCCAGGCUAAAAGCAGAGAUAGAAAAACUGCGCCAAAUGCAAGGUAACGCCCCUGAUGGAACUCCUUCACCUAGUUCAUCAGGCUCUGCAGGAACUGAACAAAACAAGGGCUCAUUAAAUAGCAAUAGUGGGUUCUUCGGUUUAGAUAAAUCAAGAAUUCUAGAGAUUGUUAAUGCUGGCCUGGAUGAGCUGAUCAAGAUGUCCAGCACCCGUGAACCUUUGUGGAUUCAAAGUGUCGAGACUGGAAGGGAGAUAUUAAACUAUGAUGAGUAUGUCAAGGAAUUCUCACAUGAUGUUUUGAGGAAUGGAUGUAAUAGGAACAUUGAGGCUUCCAGAGAGAUUGGUGUUGUCUUCUUCGAAAUUUUAAAGCUUGUACAAGCUUUCAUGGAUGUGAACCAAUGGAAGGAAAUGUUUCCUUGCCUCAUCUCCAAUGGUUCCAUCGUUGAGGUAAUUUGUAGGGGGCAGGGUGACAAUAAAGAAGGAAUAACACAGUUGAUGUUUGCAGAAAUUCAGAUGCUUACACCUCUGGUGCCAACAAGAGAAACAUACUUUGUCAGGCAUUGUAAGAAACUAAGCCCAAAUAGAUGGGCAAUCUUAGAUAUAUCAAUUGACAAACUUGAUGAAACUAUAGAUGCAUCACUCGCGAAGUGCAGCAAGCGGCCCUCAGGCUGUAUAUUAGAGGACCAAGACAAUGGUCAUUGCAAGGUGAUAUGGGUAGAGCAUUGGGAAUGUCAAAGGAAUGUAAUUCCAACCCUAUAUCGCACAAUUGUUACCAAUGGCCUUGCUUUUGGUGCUCGACACUGGAUGUCAACACUGCGACUGCAAUGUGAAAGGGCAGUGUUCUUCAUGGCAACUAACGUGCCUACUAGAGACUGUAAUGGGGUCUCCACACUGGCCGGAAGAAAGAGCAUCCUGAAGCUUGGGCAAAGAAUGACUGCAAGCUUUUGCAGAAACAUUGGCACACCACGUAACCGUACAUGGAACAAGAUAUCGACAAAGGUAGGAGAAGAGAUUCGAUUCACAUCGAGGAAGAUAAUCAAUGAACCUGGGGAACCACUUGGGGUGAUAGUUUGUGCAGUUAUGUCAACAUGGAUGCCUAUUCCAGUAGUAUCUCUGUUUGAUUUUUUAAGGGAUGAAUCAAGAAGAACUGAAUGGGACAUCAUGCUUCUGUCUGGCCCAACUAAAACACUGGUCAACUUAGCAAAGGGCCAAGAUCGUGGCAACUCUGUUACAGUCUAUACAAUGAACUCAACAGAGAAGCCUAACAUUUGGGUUCUUCAAGAUAGUAGUACUAACUCUUUUGAGUCAAUGGUGGUAUUUGCCCCUGUGGACAUUGAUGGCAUGCAAUCAGUGAUAAAUGGGUGCGACUCAAGUAACUUGUCUAUAUUGCCAUCGGGGUUCUCUAUUCUUCCUGAUGGGCUCGAGACUAGGCCUCUCGUGAUCACAUCUAGGCCAGAAGAGAGGGCACUGGAAGGAGGAUCUUUGCUAACAAUAGCAUUCCAAAUUCUUGCCAAUUCAUCGUCAUCAGCAAAACUAACAAUGGAAUCAGUGGAGACUGUGAAUGCACUUGUUUCAUGUACAUUGCAGAAUAUAAAGAAAGCCUUUAAAUGUGAGGAUGGCUAGCCAAUGCAGUUUGUAUCAGUUAACUUGUGACCAUUAUUCUGUAAAGGAGAAAAUAAUUUAUAGUAGGAUAAGACAAUGGGCAGAUAAUUAUGUAAGUGUUCACUUUUUCAAACAUGAACCCUAGAAUCUGCACUAGAACGAAUUAAAUUGCAGAUCUAAGUUGAAAAUCAGGAUUAAUGCAGCCAGAGAUUCCUUUUCCAAUGAAUUCUUAUAAAGCAAUGUUGCAUGUUACCUAAAACAAUUAAGCAUCAUUGGCAGUAAAGAUGGCGCAAAAUGUUGGAAACCUAAAGACAAAAUCUAAAAUUUCAAACCUGAGGAUAGCACUAGGUCCCAUUUCUUGAGUUUUAUAAAUUAUUGCUACUCCUGUUAGCACUCUUCUUUCACCAAGCCCUUGGGGUUUUCAAUGGCAUGUGUUUUGGACCUAUUCAUGAACUUCAAAUUAAACACCAAAUAUUUUAGUCAGAGUCAUUUUAUUUUUGCCAGUUUUACUCUUUGAAAAUUGUUUCUUUUGGAAGGGUAUGACUGUUCUAUGAAUGUGAAUUAGGGGGAAAUCACCUCUGUAAAAUUCUUUGCCUACAGUCUUCAGAAUCCCCCCUCCUUCCUUUCAAGUGUUCUUUCCACCAUUUAUUUUUCACUGCUCAAAGU